CCCGGAAAGCCCUCCGCCGCCAUUUCAGGCAGCAGCAGCGUGUUGCUCGUUCUCCGCGCCACAUUCAUGGGCCGCAGCGUCGCUGUUUUCUUUUAAAUUCGAGAUCGUUUGUCUGUAGUUGUUAGUGUUUUUAGUUCAGAACACAGGUUGGUAAAGUAAAGAUGAGCUACGGCCGCCCUCCGCCCGACGUCGAGGGCAUGACUUCGCUGAAAGUGGACAACUUGACGUACCGCACGUCGCCCGAGACUCUGCGCCGCGUCUUUGAGAAAUACGGACGCGUCGGAGAUGUGUACAUCCCACGGGACCGCUACACCAAGGAGAGCCGCGGCUUCGCCUUCGUCCGUUUCCACGACAAGAGGGACGCGGAGGACGCAAUGGACGCGAUGGACGGCGCGAUCCUGGACGGGCGCGAACUGCGGGUGCAGAUGGCGCGCUAUGGCCGCCCGCCCGAUUCCCUGUACGGCCGCCGCGGAGGCCCACCACGCAGAUACGGUGGCUACGGACGGAGAAGUCGCAGCCGCAGCCCUCGUCGCAGGAGACACAGCCGCUCCAGGAGCAGGAGCCGCUCUCGCUCCCGAAGCAGAUCCCGCUACAGCAGGUCGAGGUCCAGAUCCAGGUCCUACUCUCGUUCCCGAUCUCGCUCAAAGAGCCGCACGCCGCGUCGCAGCAAGUCCAAAUCGGCGUCCAGAUCCCGCUCGAGAUCCAAGUCUAAGUCUCGCUCCAGAAGUCGCAGCCCUCGAUCAAACAGGGGGUCCAAGUCGAGAUCCAGAUCCAGGAGCCGAGCCAAAUCUCCUGAGGGGAACGGACCUGCUCAGGAGUCAUGAACCCAAGCCUAGGUAAGCAGAGGCAAUUGGGUAAAUAUGGUGGCCCAGGUUUUUUUUGUCCAUAAUCAAGAAUGUGUUCCAACCUGAACAGACCUUAACUUGUAGUUACAUGUUUCAAAUAGUUAUUGCUGAUUUUAUAGUACACUAAAUUACUGGAAUGCAGUGCAUAUUUUCCAAAAUGGCUGCAAGUCGCAGUGCACGGUCACUACAUAUAGGCAGUUUAAUAAGUGCCAGACGAAAUGGGGGAGAAUCUCCCACGGACAUGUCUAGAUAAGGUGUAUUUAAGAAUAUACACGCAUAAGAGACAAUGCUACGCCAAGCAUUUCAACUUAAAUGUCAGUUUGUCAGCCUGUUAUCGGCAACUUUGGGGAACAAACACAUUAGCAAGAAUAAGAAGGAAUGCAUGAUUUAGAUGUCUUUUAAUGCAUAUCCUGUAACUGGUCUGGAGCAGUUGAAGGUAAAGCAGUAAGUAUUUCUUUAUUUGAAAACAAUGGAUAAUGGGUGGUAAAUCUUUCAUCUAAAUGUGGAAUUCUUUCCUCCAAGCUGCUGAUUCCUGUUUGCAAAAGAGGAGUUUGGGGGCAGUUUGAGAGCAGUUAGUGUGUGAUCCGACCAUUGGCUGCCUGCUGCUGGUUGGCGGUUGCUAUGGAGCAGGUCGGUCUCAUUGAGUGUUGAGGUGGUGUUGAGGUACGUUCGAAGGACUAUGGACUGAGGCCUUUUUCAUCAUCCUUCUCAUACGCCCAUGUCUAUCGUUGCAUAGACAAAAGCAGGAUGGAAAGGGGGUGGUUUCUCAAAGCUUGUUUAAGGAGUCAGCAACCAGCAUUUUUUGACAGUUUUUGUUUUCCCAGUGAAAGUAUUAGGCAGUUACUUGCUAAGUGUUUUGUGCGUUGGUAUGCUGACAUCUUAAAGUUGCUUUUGGAAAUGCAUACCCCACCCCCAGGUUUGUUGGUUUAUUUACUUGAGGUUGCCUGACACCAAUUGAGGUGUACGCAUAAACUUAUGCAACUUGCCAGAAGCUUGUUGCUGUGUGGAAGUUUUUUUUUUUUUUUUUUUUUUUUUUUUUUUUUUUUUUUUUAUUGAAGGUCACCAAAAGUGAGCAUUGCUUAACAAGCAACUCACUUUUAUGGAGAUGUACAAGCCACAAUUUGCUUGUAUAACUAUCAUCUACUUCUGUGUUCCUUAAAGCUCACUAACUCUUUUCUUUCCUAGAUAAUCUCAGAUGAUUGAGACUACAGAGAGCAUCGCUUCAAAUGGAGACGUCUGCGGAUUUCUAAAUUCACCUGAUCAGAUUGAAAGGUUAUUGUAACUUGGUCUACAUCUUUUAAAUGAUUUUUUUUUUUUGUCAGUUGUCCAGAAUUUUCUGUAUCAAAUAUUUUGAAGUUUGUGGUCAUAUUGAAUAUUUACAUAUAAAUGGGAUUCUUAGGUGAAAACGUUUUUCAUUUUUUGCUAGUUUUUUGCAUUUGUUUAGUACUUCAUGUAAUUGAAUCUCCCAGACAAUAAAGUAAGUUCUUUUUAAUCACAACUCCUUAAUCCUUUUCUUUAACACCUUGUGUAUUCAAGUCUUGGAUAUAGUAAAUGAGUUCCUCUUUCUCUUUACUGUGUAGGCAAAUUUUGGCCAAGUAUUGAACUUAUGCAAGCCAAUCAAAUUUGAUUUGGACAAAAAUUAAAUACUUGUCAUGUAAAGUCAUACUUUUGUGGUUGCUGAGCAAACGUGUUUCUUUUGUGUGGUACUUACUAAGUUCACGGAAUUGUGAUUUUCUAAUAUUCUCUCUUGUGUAUCUUUUGUGCACUAGGCGCAGUUGCGCAGCAGUUGAGUAUUGCUGGUUAGCUGUUAAGGUGGCGUGUUGCAGUGCAGAGUGCUUGGCUGUUUCCAGUAUUCUCCUGAUUGCUCCUGUGUAACGGCUUGAUUUGACGGUUUUUAAGCUGCAGCAGAUCGUCUUUUUUUUAGAAUGGUCCUAUUCAGGUCUUUCUGUUGGGGGGUGGGGGGGCUGUUUUGUUUGACAUCUUGAGUCUGAUGCACAUUGGGAGGGAGAAUCCAUUUAUCACUCUUUCAAUAGCAACACUUGUCUAUCUGUGGAAGAAAUACUUAAUUGUAAGUUCCAUGUGAAUGCUAAUAAAUUUUUGUUAAUGCUUAA